AUGAUAUUAGAUGCAGUAGCAGGUGGAACAAUGAUGAGUGUCGAUGCGGAGCAAGCAACAAGAAUCAUUGAGGCAUUAGCAUCCAUAGAUCAUCAAGCUCAGCAUAAUAGGCAAUCUGUUCAGAGGAAGGGAGUGCUUGAUCUUAGUAUUACAGAUGCAAUCUUAAGCAGCUCACAAGGAGAAGUUCAAUAUGUGAGUAACCAAGGAAGACCAGGAAAUUUCUCCAACAAUAAUAACUUCUCACAGGGGUGGAGAAAUAAUCAAAAUCAGAAUUUUGGAUGGAAGCAAGAUGUUGGUCCUUCAAACAGACAACCUCCUUAUCAACAGCAACAACAACAUUAUCCUUCGGUGCAUGACAGAACAACUAAACUGGAGGAUACUCUAGAAAAGUUUAUGCAAGCUUCUUUGACUAAUCAGAAAAAUACAAAAGCUUCAAUCAAGAACCUUGAAACACAGGUUGGACAGUUGGCAAAACAAUUAUCAGAUCAGCAGGCAUGUCAAUUUUCAGCCAACACACAAACUAAUCCCAAGGAGCAUUGUAAAUCAACUACCACCAGAAGUGGUAAAAUUGUGGGAAAAGGGAUUGGAGACAACCUGGUUGUAGAGGAGAAGAUUAAUAUUCCUUUUGUGGAGGCUAUGGAGCAAAUGCCAACAUAUGCAAAAUUCAUGAAAGAGAUCCUAACAAAAAAGAUAAGAUUUUUUGAAGAGACAGUGGAGCUUGAAGCAGGGUGCAGUGCUAUAAUUCCGAAAUCAUUACCUCAGAAAUCAUUACCUCAGAAAUCCAAAGACCCUGGGAGCUUCACUAUUCUAGUUACAAUUGGAACAUUGCUAAUGGGAAAAGCAUUGCUUGAUUUAGGUGCCAGUAUAAAUUUGAUGCCUUUGUCUAUGCUACGGAGAAUAGGGGAUCUGGAAGUAAGGCAUACACGGAUGACAUUACAGCUAGCUGACAGAUCUAUGAAGUAUCCAUAUGGUAUGGCAAAGGAUGUCUUGGUUAAGGUUGACAGAUUCAUGUUUCCAGUUGAUUUUGUAGUGAUGGAUAUUGAGGAAGACACUGAAGUUCCUCUAAUACUAGGAAGACCUUUUAUGAAGAUGGCCAAGGUCAUUAUUAACGUUGAUGAUGGCAAACUGAAGGUCAAGGUACAAGAUGAUGAAGUCAAAUUUAAUGUGUUUAAAGCAAUGCAGCACCCGAAGGACAAGCAACAAUGCUUCAAGAUGCAUGUGAUAGAUGAAAUUUUUCUUUCAUCCAGGAAGCAAUUGACAAAGGCAAGCCCAUUGAAAAAAGAUUUGAUUGGUGCUUAUGAUGAUCUGAAGGAUGAUGAAGAAAAGAAAGUUGAUGAAUACUUAACACAUCUGAAUUCAGCAAAAGGAGUUGCAUCAAAUGAAAUACAAAUUGAGAAUUUGCAACAAGAAAAUAGAACUGAAAAUCAGAAGUUGGAGCUAAAGGUAUUACCUCCUCAUUUAAAAUAUGUUUUUCUUGCAGAUGGAGGUAACAAACCAGUGGUGAUCAAUAGUGCUUUAACGACUUCUGAAGAAGAAAAACUAAUUUCAAUUCUUAAAGCCAAUGAGGGUGCAAUAGGUUGGACUUUAUCUGAUCUUAAAGGAAUUAGUCCAUCCUAUUGUAUGCACAAAAUUCACAUGGAACAAGAUUACAAGCCUAUAGCACAGCCUUAG